CAGAUUUUCUCCGGGUUGGUGGGUGUGUUAGAUCGGCCAUCAGUUGCAUGGAAUAGUAAACAGCAUCUCCGAAACUGGGAUAACGAAAAAUAACGCUGCUGUUCUCUUGCGCGUUGUGUUUUUUGUUCAUUGGACGUUUCAGAGUCCGGUGGUAAAUAAUAGUAUGAUAAAAGUAAGAAGAGGUCUCCCUGCACCGAUCCCAUCGCGUUAUUAACACGUUUAAUGGUUGCUGUACGGGAUUGCUUUGCGUUUAAACCGCUUAACAACUGAAGUCCUGAUCAGGAUUUGCUCUUCUUCAAUGAGGAACUACAGGCUCAUCUUCUGCCACAACCUGAAGCAGCCUUAGAUGAGCACAGAAUGUCUAUUCACUGAGAGUGACUGGAGUAGACAAGCUGUACAUUUGGGUGUCUGUGUGCUCAAAGAAGGAAACAGCCGUGCUGUGGAAGCUAUGAGGAAGAGCCUCUCCCCUGCCCUCAGCACCUGCGACUCCCUCAGCACGGCCAGGGUAUUUGGGGUUCCCCUCGAGGAGCUACAGCAGGACGGGCAGCCUGGACAGGAGGUCCCCGUCCUGGUCAAACGCAUCGUCGAGUACAUCGAAGAGCACGGGGGCUUGGACCUGGAGGGCCUGUUCCUGGUGAAUGGGAAUGCGGAGCGAGUGGAGUGGCUGCGGCAGCGCUAUGAGAGCGGGGAGGAGGUCGAUCUGGAGAAGGAGGCGGACCUUGCCUCUGCCGUCAGUCUGCUCAGACUGUUCCUUCAGGAGCUCCCCGAGCCCGUCAUCCCAGCCGCCCUGCAGGCCCACAUUCUGCAGCUGUAUCAAGACUUCAGCACGGAGGAGGAGCAGUCCAGAAACAUGAAGUACUUCCUGCAGCAGCUCCCGCAGGCCAACUACAGCCUGCUGCGUUUCCUGUGUCGCUUCCUGUGCAGCGUGGCGUCGCUGCAGGAGGAGAGCUGGAGCGCGGGCGCCCUCGCCGCUGUCUUCGGGCCCGACGUCUUCCACAUCGAUACAGAAGUGGAGGACCUGAAGGAACAGGAAUCAGUAGGCAGGAUCUUGGCUGACUUGCUGGAGAACCAGGAGGACUUGUUUGAUUGUGAAGAGGAGGAUUUCUUCACUACCAAUGACUACAGCUCCGUCACGGGACAAAUCACAGAGCUGCUGGAUGAUGAGAAGCUGGAGCAGUGUGAGGAUCUGCCCCGGGACAGUGAGGACAGCCCAGAGCAAUCCCAGAACGAGGACCCCGCCUCGUCCAGUUCUCACAUCACUCCCAUCAAUGUUUUGCCAGCUUCUGCUGACAUCAUCGAGAGGACGAUCCGCGCUGUGGUGGAGCAGCAUCUCUUUGACCUGCAGAGCAGCAUCGAGCAGGAGAUCCGCAGCUAUGAGAGGCAGGGAGUCGAGGGGCUUGGGCAGGGGGAGGCUGGCACUGGACUAGUGGAGCGAGAUGAGGACAGCUCCCAGUCUGGGCUUGUAGAAACACAGCCUAAAGACUAUCCAGAAGAGAGGGGGGAGGAGGAGGAGGAGGAGGAGGAAAGCAGGCAGGAUGUGGAGAGCGCUGCCCUGCUGGAAUACUCUGGCAGUGACGCUGAAGCACUGGUGAAAGCUGAAAACAACAUCAACACAGCCAGACAGGAAGACUGUCGGGUGUCUGAGAACGACCACGAAACUGAACUCGUCACCUGUAAGUCUGGUGGCGAAGAGUAUGAUGUGAACGCCAACUCUGAGUCGACAGACCGUCCCGGCCAGCCAGGACCAGCCCCCCACCUCGACCUGCACAGAGUGUUCCAAGGGCUGGAAGCACCAUGUCCAUUCACUUUCCCCCUCAUUGACUUCAAAUCAAUGCACCUGCAGAAGGACGGGGAAGACCCCGUCCCUGCGUUCAAGUCCUGGCAGGAGGACUGUGAGUCUGGGGAGGCUCAGCUCUCCCCGCUGGCCGGCCGCAUGGUCCACCACCCCCUGGAAGAAGAGUCCCAGCUCCUGCUCGCCCGCCGCUUCCUGGACUUCGGACACAGCCAGCGCUUCCUGCAGACCCACGACUCCUCCUCCUCCCCUCCCAUGAAAGCACCUUCCUUCAGGAGGCCUCGCCGAGCCUCCUUCAGCUCCAGAGAGGCUGGGAAGGGGGAUGCCGUCCCCAUCCAGCUCACCAAGAAACUGCAGAACCUCAAGAAGAAGAUCAAGCAGUUUGAGGAGCAGUUUGAGAAGGAGAGGAACUACAAGCCCUCGCACAGUGAUAAGGCAGCUAAUGCAAAGGUUUUGAAAUGGAUGACGGAGCUCACAAAACUUCGCAAGCAAAUCAAAGACACUAAGCGCAAGUCCUCGGACGGAGAGUUUCCUCCCCAGCCCCUGCCGCAGAGCAACACCCUCCCAAAGAGCUUCGGCUCCACGCUGGACCAUGGGGAGUCGGAGGGGGCAGCGCAUGGGCGGCCCAGCCCAGAAUCCACAGUGGAUCUCAUCCUGCGCAGGCUCCGGGACAAGAGGGAGGAGGCGAACUGGCCAGAGGACAUGAAGAAAAUGACAAAGGAAAACCUGCUCUGUGAGAAGACAGCUCUGCAGAAGAACCUGCUGUACUACGAGAGCAUCCACGGGCGCCCGGUCACCCGCGAGGAGAGGCAGAUUGUGAAGCCUCUUUAUGAGAGAUACCGGCUAGUGAAGCAGAUGCUGACCCGAGCUAGCAUCACAACCCUAAUCGGCUCUCCAUCAUCCAAGAGGCGUGGACAGAUGUUGCAGCCAAUCAUUGAGGGGGUAACUGCCCAUUUCUGUGAUGAAAUCAAUGAGGAGGACGAGGAAGAGGAGGAGGAGGAAGGGGUCAGUGAGGACACAGUGGUCACAGUCAUGCUGGACCCAGCCAGCCUCCCCCACUCCUUCCAGGCUCACCUGGACAGAGAGAAGAUGGACCCCAAGCUGGAGGAGAGCUCGGGCAGGCUGGCCCACGACCUCUGCAUGUCUAACACCAACACUACAUCCAUGCCGGAGCUCCUGGAGCAACUGUGGAAGGCGAGGGCUGACAAGAAGAAGCUUCGGAAGAGCCUCAGAGACUUCGAGGACGACUUCUAUCAGCAGAACGGCAGGAAUGUGCAGAAGGAAGAUCGCUCUCCGAUGUGGGAGGAGUACAAGGAAUACAAGCGGAUCAAAGCCAAACUCAGACUGCUGGAGGUUUUAAUCAGCAAGCAGGAUUCUUCCAAAUCCAUUUAACCCCCUUGGGGUACAUGUGUCCUGCACCACUCUCUCCACACAGCCACUGACUGUCACACUGGAGCCAGCCUGGCCUGAGGAGGAGUGGCAUGGAAUAGCAAAGCUUCCCCACUCUGCCCGAUGUGUGGAGAUCUCCUUCUCGUUUUUUCUAAAGACCCUUCUCAGUUUUUUUUCUGCAUCCUGUUUCAACAAUAAAGGACUGUUAACGUUAAGAGCCAAAAGGGGAACUUUUUUUUUCUUUUUUUUAACGGAGCUUGUUUUGAAUUUUUUUCUCCAUUAUUUUAAAUGACACUUUCAUGUUAACUGUAGUUAAUUUCUAACACUUUACAGUGUGCACACAGGAGUGCUGGGGUUUUUGUACACAACGCCAGACAACAGGCUGCAUCGCUCCUGACAAUCGAACCUGUGUGGAAACACUUGAGAGCUUCACUUCUGGAAUCAAAUCCUGGGAAUCUUUCAACUGACCAUAAAAAAAAAAAAAAAAAAAAAAUUAAAGACCUGGAGACAUGAUUUCAAAACCCUGGAUCAACACUUUUGUGUGUGUGUAUAUAUUACAUUUUUAACUUGCCUAGUAACACGGUUUGCUACUGAUCAGUUUUGCACACAGGAGGAUUUUUGGUGUUGUUUUUCUCUGAACUAAAGAGGUUUUGUGUUCCCGAGAGAGCAACAAGGACAGUGGAUUCUGUGUGUGUCCAGCAACAAUGACAGUGAAUUCUGUGUGUGUCCAGCAACAAUGACAGUGGAUUCUGUGUGUGUCCAGCAACAAUGACAGUGGAUUCUGUGUGUGUCCAGCAACAAGCACAGUGGAUUCAGUGUGUCUCUGUGCACUGCUGGCUGUUUCCAGGACUUACUCCAGUCUGUAAUGAUGGGACUUUUUUUGAAGGAAUA